CCAGCUCGGCCCAAAUUAGCACAGGCAGGCUCAGUAGAGCUCCGAGCCGGAUUCCUUCUGAGCGAUUGAUUGCUUCGGCUUGGUGACGUAUUUUGUGGGUGUCCGUCGUGGUCUUCUGAUGACGCAGUCAGUCGGCUGCAAUGGCGCCGGUGAGGCGGUCCUCGAAGUGGCGGCCUGGUGGUAUUGAGGCGCGUGGUGAAGGGGUUUCCACGGUCGGGUACCGGAAUAAGAAUGUGAAACAGAAGACAUGGCGGCCUAACCACCCGCAAGCCUUCGUGGGGAGCGUUCGCGAGGGACAAGGCUUUGCUUUUCGAAGAAAACUGAGAAUACAGCAAAGUUACAAGAAAUUGCUACGGAAGGAAAAUAAGGCUCAAACGUCACUGGAAUCUCAAUUCACAGAUCGAUACCCAGAUAAUCUGAAACAUCUCUAUUUAGCUGAAGAGGAAAGACUUAGGAAGCAAACAAGAAAAGUCGACCAUCCUUUGUCAGAACAAGUUCACCAGCCUUUGCUUGAAGAACAGUGUAGCAUUGACCAGGCUGUAUUUGAAGAUCAGUGUAGCUUUGACCAGCCUCAGCCAGAAGAACAAUGUAUUAAAACAGCAAACUCCUUUACAAUUCCAAAGAAAAAUAAAAAGAAAACAUCAAAUCAAAAAGCACAAGAAGAAUAUGAACAGGUACAAGCUAAACGUGCUGCUAAGAAACAAGAAUUCGAGAGGAGAAAACAGGAGAGAGAAGAAGCCCAAAGGCAGUACAAAAAGAAGAAAAUGGAAGUGUUUAAAAUAUUGAACAAAAAGACUAAAAAGGGCCAACCAAACUUGAAUGUACAAAUGGAGUACCUUCUUCAAAAAAUACAAGAAAAAUGUUAAACAUUUUGUUCCUGCAGGUUAAAAUAUCUGCUGCCUAUUAGGUUCUUCUGUGACAAGUGCCUCCCAGCAGUGAACUAAAUUUGUCGACAUAAACUGGAUUGCUAAACUAUGCUAAAUAUAAGAUGUUCACGUAUUUUUAUUAUGGUAAAAAAUUUUCUAAAUAUGUUCUACAUAUGUUUCUUAUUUAUUUGCCUCUGAAGGAAGGUUGGCCUGAAGAACUGAAAGAACCUCUUAUUUGCAAGAUAGGCCCAAGCAUGUAAUACUUUUGUACCAUAUGAGAUUUAUAUAGAAAUAAAUUUUUUUAAAAAUAA